CUCAAGGACGUUUCGUUAUCCUUUACGUUUCAAGAAUAUCGUGAGUUGUCGACGCAUUCUUCUCGAUUCCAUAUUGGCCAUCUCGCUAUUUCAGUCUCCCUCAGAUUUAGAAGAUGGCCACCCUUGUCCUGAUUCCUUCUCGCCUUGCUCAUUUGAGCAGCGUUUUCCAGCUCUUACAUCUCGUUCGGUGUCGGUGGGCGUGCACAGCGUGACACUGCGUCGCGGUAGCUAGUGACGAUGACAGGGCUCAUCGCACGUGUAUCUCCAAAACAUGUUCCCUUCACGAAUUCAAACAAGCGAGGACAUGGCGGUGUGCAAAAAAAGCGAAUCACGGGUGCCCAGCUCUUCAAUCUGUUUCGCCGUAUCGCUGGAGUGGCUGCUGCUCUAAUGUAUGCGGGAAUCGGUCUUCAGUCCGCGUACACGACGAUCGACGUGUUGCAAGGGACGAAUGUUGGAACGGAAUCAUUCGGUACAAUGGAAGCCAAGCUCAUUGCGGGGUACUGUGGCGACGGCCUGAUUCGAGACAGCCCUCUUGUUAAGGAGGUGCUGGGAGGUGACACAUCGCCAAGAUUUGACACGCUUUAUCUGCAGUCACCAACAGCAACCUCGUUCGAAAACUGCGGCGACAUCGAGAUGUUCAACUCGGACAUUUAUAAUGCUACGUUCCUGAAUAGUGGCUUCCUGGGUUUCAUCGCGACCAGUUCGUACAAUCUCACUAUUGUCCAGGACCUUGAGUUUAUCGUGUCUGUGGUCGACUGUACAUCUCCACCGUUGGUGACCGGUGAUCCAAGUUUACUUCGCGUCUACAACUUGGUACGUCGCAAGAGCGACCCGACCGAUGUUCACAUUGUUGCCAUCUCUAUGUCUACGCAAGAUUAUCACGUUGACGAACAGAGCCGACGGGGACCGGCGAUCUUGGCCACGCUCUUUUCAGUGAGUGAUAUGCGUGCCACCAAGGUAGACCAGUAUUUUGUGCUUGGGUUGGAUUACCCAUACACUAGUGCCCCUCUUUUCAAUGUUUUCACACUGGAUGGAGUGUCGCCCGACGGAUACUGGGAAAUGUCCAGUGUACCACGCAAUAUCUCCGUGGAUCCUAUCAUUCAUGCACGUACAGCUCGUCGUCGCGGAUUUUAUCUGCAUGCUGAGUCGGAACAGGCGAAUAUGCGUAACCUAUUCUGGAAAGUUGAGGACGAAAAUCCGGCAGUCGCUUUGUCAGUAUGGGAAUGGUACGGCGAACCCGUCAUUUUCGAUUCCUGGGCUUGGGUGCACGGCAUUCACCUUAUCUUUGCGUGGCAGACGCUAUUCUCACUGGGCGUAUUGUCGAUUGUGGUGUUCCGUAAUCUGCGCAAUGGCAAGAUCUGGAUCGGCGAUGCCUUCGCUUCCGUGUCCAAUGGCACACUUAUGAUGCGAGGGCUGUUAGUGAUGGCGUCUUGGUACGUCAACGAGUACUGGACGCUCGUUGAGUUUUGCCUAUCAAAUGCCAAUACCCUUUCUGGAUCACAGACGGUUCCCAUUCAUUCUGAGCUCUCACAUGCCGAUUUAUUGGUGAUGUUUCUCAGUAUUAUUGGGCUUAUUGGACGCUUUACUAGAGAACGCAUUGAUCCAGCAUUCGCUCUUUUCCUAUUCGAGAUUAUCCACAGCAAUCGUCUGGAUAUUAUCCGUGGUUCUUCCUCUGUGAUGAAGGCAGUCGUAAACUACGCAAAUACCGAGUAUCGAGCGGGCAUCGCUACAGUGACCGAUGCGCAGAAAGCUCUGUCUCCGAUGCGUCUGUGGACUACGCACAUGCUCAACGGAAUCGAUUUUGGAUUUUUAGCUGCUUCCUUGUUCCCCAAAGUGCUAUUGGUAGUUCUUAUACUAGUGUACGUGGGGAUGCGGAAAGUAUAUCACCACUUUUAUCCAGACCAGAAACCUGUAGGAAUCACAGGAAGAAGCACUGGUGAUCGGUCAUCGAACGAGAAGGCAGCCACCGCCCAAAAGGGAAACCUUACUAACUUCGAGAUUUCCACCGGAGCUGAGCUUGAAGCUCGCUAUGGACUCAUCUCCGACUACAAGAACUACGUCUUCUUCAAGGGCCUCAAGUUCGCGUCAGCAGACGGCGUGUAUUGCUCGGGAUACGUGGUGGCCAAUGGUAGGUUUCUUGUUGGCUCGAAAGAUCUGCUGUCGAUCAUCAUGGUCAAGGCGCUCCGGUCUCGGUUCACCAAUGUGUACGUGUAUGCUGUGGACGGUAACACAGUUCAACGCACGGCUCAGCUGGUGUAUCCUGAGACUUUGAGUUGGCAGGACCUGAUCUUCCUUAACAUUAACAUUCUCGCUUAGCUAGACAGAACAACACAUACCAGAAAGCAGAGUAUACAAAACUAGUACUAAUGAAUUCUGUGCACGAUGAA